UCUCGCACACUAAGAAAACGAAUCAGACUGAGUUUAAAAUAUUACAAUUUAAUUUUCGGCUACAACAAUGACCGAAAGUUUCAGUGAAGGUGCAUCGAAACGUGAUUUUGAAACUGUUUUGAAUAAUGCCGUAGGAGAAUUCGGCAAAUACCAGUUGAUCAGUAUCUUAUUGUUGGCAAUACCUGCAGCGUGUUCGGGGUUUAUGGCUGGAGAUUAUAUUUUUACUGCAGCCAGGCUUCCUCAUCGAUGUGCCGUGCCACUGUGUGACGGACCUGAACCAGAAUACUUACCCGACUGGAUAUCAAAUGCCAUACCAGAAAUUAACACAGGCUUCGAUGAAUGUAACCGAUAUGUAAACAUCACAGACAUUAGUAACAAUACUACUCUGGGCGAUGUGUGUCCCGCAAGCAUGUUCGACAGAAAUAGAACCGAGUCUUGUGAUAGCUUCGUGUUUGAGAGAACGAACACCGUUGUGUAUGAUUUUAACUUACAAUGUCAAGAGUGGCUAAGAGCUCUGGCUGGGACUUUCAACAGCGUUGGAGGAAUGGUAUCUCUAAUUAUUGCCGGUUACAUAUCGGACAACUUGGGUCGACGAAUGUCCAUUAUAUUUUUCGGAUUUAAUGAGGCUCUAACUGGCUUAAUAAGAGCAUUUUCAGUUAAUUUUGCCAUGUACGUUGCUUUUCAAUUUUUGCAGACAGCAAUCGGCGGCGGCAUAUUUAGCGCAAGUUACAUUCUAGCGACUGAACUAGUCGGACCAAAGUACCGUGUUCUUACAAGCGCUACGAUGUCAUCUGCUUUUGCCGCGGGACAAAUGAUAGUAGGGCUUGUAGCGUCUGUAGUACCCGAAUGGCGGCAUUUGACCUUGGUGCUGUUUUGCCCCGUCUUUCUAACAGUGUUUUACUACUGGAUUGUUCACGAAAGUCAUCGUUGGUUACUGAGCAAAAACAAACAAGAACAAGCUAGAGCUACACUUAAUCACAUAGCUGGUGUCAAUGGACGUGCCAUUUCACAAUACGACAUGGACUUUUUGCUAACGGCGAUACCAAGAAAAAUGGAAGCAAAUAAUGUUGAAAUCAAUACACCAUUAAUCAUGCGAGUCGUUAAAAGUCCUGUUAUGCUACGAAGGUGUUGCACUACACCAAUUUGGUGGAUAACCACUACAUUCAUUUACUAUGGUCUGUCAAUAAACUCAGUCAGUCUUUCAGGAAAUAUGUAUUUGAAUUAUGUUGCAACAGCAGCCGUAGAAAUUCCAGGAUAUUGGACGGCAGUUUUAGUAUUAGAUAGAGUGGGGAGAAAAGUUACUUUAUUUACGGGUUACAUGUUGUGUGCCAUUUGUUGUAUUUCAUUUGCGUUUAUCCCGAAUAACAUGUAUGGUUUGUCACUAGCUGUAUAUCUCACUGGCAAGUUUAGUAUAGCUGCUGUGUUUACAUCAUUGUACUUGUAUACUUCUGAAUUGUAUCCUACUAGGCAUCGACAUUCUUUUCUGGGGUAUUCUUCGAUGAUGGGUCGCAUAGGUUCCAUUAUAUCUCCGUUGACACCGCCUCUGACGGUGUACUGGUCGGGCAUACCGACGGUGCUGUUCGGGGCGAUGGCGGUGGUCUCGGCAGUGCUGGUCCUCUCGCAGCCGGAGACGUUGGGGACCAAACUACCGGACACCAUAGAAGACGCGGAGCUUGUUAGAUCUAUCUCAAAAUAAUUUAGAACACAAAGAAUGUAUUAAUGGUGUUAUUCUUAAAUGCACUAAAAGACUGAGUUAGCUUUUAAUCGUAUAUCUCAAUAAACAAAAAGAGGAAUAAGAACGGAAGAAUAAAAAACGGAAUAGUUAUUUGUUUUACAAGAGGCAAAGUUGUUGUUUAACCACACGUGCCAAUAUUUAUACUUGAGCAAGCGAAAGAUUACAAUAUUAAACAGCGUAGCGUAGCGAGUGGUUCAAAACGUAGAAUCUUGAGCGGUGCGAGGGUUUCAAAGCACGAAGUUAAAACAAACUUUACCGCCGAGUGAAACACAAAAUUGUUCACCACACCAACACGAACAAAAUACUGACUAUAAAACAUUAAACUAAAUCAAAUCCAUCAGAGAUCACUAUAUUAUAGAUCACUAUAUUCAAUAUUUAUGAUUCAAAAUCAUCAUUUAUAGGUAAAAUCUACCAGCCAUCAAGUUAAAAUUUGUAUGAAAUUACUUUGCACUCUUGUGGAUAAAAUGCAAUUUUGCUAUCUGUUUUAGAAUAGCAAAGUACGCCUAAGCCUUUACCAUUUGGUGUGGUGAAAAAAUCAUUAUGUGACCUAAUUGAGGGUCGUAUUUUUUAAAGUAAUAUUUUGAACACCACAUCAUGUUAAGUAACUGAUUCUUUCAAACUUCCAUGAAGUUUUCGUUGUAUUGUCAAAUAGGUAAUGCAAUAUAAUUGUAAAAAUCGAUAAUUAUAUAAGUAUGACUAUAUCAAAUGAUCAAUAAAUUUUUUGUUUAUUAUUACGAGUUUUAUUUUAGUGAAACGUGAUCGCCAAUUGAAUA